UUGAAGGUUGCUCCUUCGUUAACGUGGCAGGAAGCAAGACGGGGUAUAGCAGAGAAAACUGCCCAUCCAUUUGACUGGACUUUCACUUCGAAGUAUGCGGGAACUGUGGAGCCGACCGACUUGACUAUCGACAUGGAACGUUUGAAACGACAAGAACCCAUAGGAUUCUAUUCACAAAUAACGUUGUAUGAGGAUGAAUUAGCUGACCAUGGUACAGCACAGCUAUCCGUGAGACUUCGCGUAAUGCCUGGUUUCUUCUUCGCUUUGAUGCGAUUUUAUCUUCGGAUUGACAGAGUUCUCGUUCGGUAUGUUGGUGAUCGACUUUCGUCAGUUCUGUAUUCAAAAAGAUAA